AUGUUUUUUCUCUUAUUGAGUACAUUGUUGUUUCUCCAGUCCUCUGCUGAUGGAUCCAUCAAAACAGAAGAGAGCUACUGGACACUUAAACCAAAUGUGCUUGUGGUGAAUGUCAAUGUAGGUGAAGAUGUAAACGUGCCACUUAUCUGUGGAGAAGCGUAUGAAGGGGAAAAUAUUACAUGGACCAGAAAUGAUGAAAAUCUGGAGGCUCAAGGAAACAGGAUCGUCGUCACAGUAGAGGGGUGGAUGGGGGGAAACUACUCGUGUUUCAAUAGUGAGGGAUCCUACCUAAACCACACACUGGUGCUGGCUCAGUGGACCUUCAGGAAGUUUAUCAAGAAUACUCCUAAGAAAGGUACAACCCUCUUUUACCCAGGUUACAUCGAUUGUUCAACAAAUAACUAUGGAGGUUCCUUCAAAUGUGAUUGGACAUGGGAUGCAAAUAGGAAUGGCCAUGUUGCUCAUAUCAAAGCCACACGCCCUGGUGGAAGCAACAUCAGCUGCAGUCUGGAUUCCAGUAGGAAUAUCACAUGCUUAGACCAUGACUAUUGUCCCUAUGCAGAGGAGGUAGAGCGCAUCAACCUGACCAUAUACUUCAGAAGCAGCUUUGUUGUUGAAUCCUACAAUACAAAGUUCUACAUCAUGGAUAUCGUGAGGCCUGAUAUGGUGCCUAUUAGUAGGAUCAAUAAAACAUCUGUAGAGGUCAAAUAUCCACACUCCUGGAGCACACCAUCAUCCUACUUCCCUCUCAUGUUCCAAGUGAAAGAGAUUCGCUGUCGGAAACAUGACAAUUGUGACUGCUCCAAACCGUACUCACAAGAGAUUUUCUUCACACAAAGUCACCAGCUGCCAGUGACAAAAGGGAUGACGGUGUGUGAGAGAGCGAGGGAUGAAUUCUGUAAUUCCUCAUGGGGUGACUGGAACCAGUACAAAUCACACAUAAGACUGCCCAAGACAGGAAUUACUGUCACAUCUCAAUGUGGAGCAAAGCGACUUGCUAUUCCACCCAUGUCAACAGAGUUCGGGCAUCAAAUCAAAAGAACCACCUAA